AUGCUGAUGGAAGAGGGAGAGAGAUUAGAACAGGAUGAAGACGAUCUCCACACUAUGCUGAUGGAAGAGGGAGAGAGAUUGAGAUUAGAGCAGGAUAGAGACGAUCUCCGCGCAACGCUGGUGGGGGAGAGAGAGAGAUUGAGAUUAGAACGGGAUGACGACGAUCUCCACACCAUGCUGAUGGAAGAGGGAGAGAGAUUAGAACAGUGGGGAGACGAUAUCCACACCAUGAUGAUAGAAAAGGGAGAGAGAUUAGAACAGGAUGAAGACGAUCUUCACACCAUCCUGAUAGAAGCGCAUGAGAAAGCAGAGCGCGAGGAACAGGACCUUGAUGAUAUGUAUUUACAAUGA